GAACGCCAGCUGUCAGUGCGGAUUGCGGAAUGAACCAUGGCCGAGGCGGCGUUUUCCGAGGACGGAAAAUAUUAUUCUGCUAUUAGUCAGGAUGGCAGACUGAGGAUAUGGGACACAGAAACUAACGUACUCAAACAGGAGUACACGCCAGACUUACAUUUGACCUCACCGCCUUCGUGUUUGCAAUGGAUUUCAGCCUCCCAGUCAGCGGCUACCCCUCAAAAAGGAGGAAAAAGAAAGAGUAUAUCGGAAGAAACACACUGCAUAGCCCUCGGCACAACCAGUGGAAAGAUUUUAAUAUAUUCCGUAGCACAAGCUAAAGUAGAAACGGUUUUAAGUAACGAAAACACAAGUACGGCCAUUAGUACGUUAGACUGGCACCGGAAGUACGGUCUAUACAGUUGUAAUAAGGAGAAUAAUGUGUGCGAGUGGGACUUGCACAGUUCGUUGAUUAGAUAUAAGUAUAAUAUUAAUGUUGACAAUAAGAAUAAACAUGGGAACUCUGUGUGCGCAAUCAAAAUUGUACCGCAUAAACAGAACACAACAGCCCGCUUCCUAGUAGCAGCGUCAUACCAAGUGCGGCUCUGGCGCCUACACGACGGAGAUGCAACGGUAUUGAAGAACCUGGGACAUAACGCGGCACCCACCGCUCUGCUGGCCAUAGCCUCGUUGAACGAUGUCUGCUGGCUCAUUGAGGGUUCACAAAACGAGCGUCUCCUAUCAUUCUGGGAUGUCACAAUCACAGACGACCACGUGCCCCAGCUAAACGGUGAUGAAACUCCUCACAAGAGACAGCGGAGGAAGUCCGUCUCCAAGCCGGUGACCACCACGGCUACGUACAACUUUGUGCUGGAAGAUGCUCCCAGGAUUGUCGAUGUAGAGCUGAAGGUGGAAGCUGGGGCUACGAGGUUGAGCUUAGCGGCUGCUACUAGGAGCGGGGUUGUACAUUAUUAUGGACAUAUGCUGAACGGCUCAUCAACAAAACCGAUAAAGCCAUCAGUAACAAUACAAGUAUCGAGUGGUGAGGCCAAACCGUUGCCACUGCAGUGCUGCCGGCUGCCUCCCACAGGGGAUCUACUGUUAGGGUACUGGAACGGACCUGUGUUGACCUUUGAGAAAGUGAUACCCGACCUAAAAUCUAAAACGCAGAUCCUAAUAAAAGGCGAUACAAAAGAGUCUAAAAAGAAAAACAAGCAAACCAACGAGGUGAACAAAGUGCGCAGCGGACACGACGCGGCGCAAGUCACGUACGUCGAGCCGCUCGGCGGAGUCGCCAGGAAACGAGCCACGCCCGGGGAUAAGAUAGAAGUACCAAUGGAGGCUCGUCUAGCGAACUUGUCGCUGGACAUGCGCUCGCGCAAGUCCGCCGUCAGCCACAACCUCACCAAGCUGCUCAUGCAGGGACUACACUCUAAGGAUAAAAGUAUAAUCCUCACAGUGCUACAGAAGGACGACCCGCAGAUAGCUCUGCGUACAGUGAGCGGCCUCCCUGCGGACUACGUGCCGCAGCUGCUUGAACAACUCGCUGAUAUGGCUGCUAAGAAGACUAGCCAAUGUGCGUCAGUAUGCACAUGGACGUCGGCGCUAGUUCGCAGUCACUCGGCGCUGCUGCUCGCGUCACUCGGCUCCAGAGCUAGCGAACAUCUCACGCAGCUACUAGCUAUAUUCACGCAUAGACGUUCCCACCUCUGUCAGCUGCUGAACCUGAAGGGUCGACUGGACCUCACGAUAUCGCAGCGCAGUGCGGCCGACACCAUGCAGGACGAACAACAACCAGUGCUCGAUUAUAAUGACUCAUCAUCAGACGAGGAGCCGGAAGCGGAGGCGUUCCAGUCAGACAGUGACGCGUCCUGGGGAGACGACAAGUUCGAGUCAGAAGCCAGUGACGCAGAGUCUGAUGGCGACGGAGAUUGACAACAUGUUAAUAAAUAAUUGUUUCAAUAAAA